GAGCGAAGCCACCGCUUGCUUCUAUUCCGGUAGUCGGUCGUCUAAUGAUGAGUGCCGUUCUGCUCAGUGCAGCAGCAUGGAGGAGCGGUCCAGGUUCGAAUACUCCGAUGACGAGGAGGAAUGCAGGUUUGGGUACAAAGUUACACUCUCUCGGGUGGCUUGGGACGCUGGAUAUCAUGGGUUGAGGUAAAAGGCGAUGCCGAACCAACCGGCGCCAGCGAUGGUCUUGAAGCCAUCUGUUCUUCGCGGCAUGGCGGUGGCAACGAUGAUCAUCUCGAGCGAGUCCAGGGAGGCAGCGAGGAUGAGAGCGUGUAGAAUCGCCACGAGCUUGAAUCAGGACGGAUAGGCAGUGUCGAGGUCUCCAAGACCGCUCGUCUUGUCGAAUGUUGCGUAUUGGAGAGUACAUCGCUGAUUUCCGCACUUCAUGUUCGUUGCUUUCCGUCACAGAAGGUGCACAGCUCGGUUGACGGGUAGUGACGUACACAGGUGCAAAAUAUAUCCCCAUACAUCAC